CCAAAAUCAUAAUUUCACCUUGUUUUCUAUUGGUUCUUCGUUUGCAUUCUUAAUCCCGAACUAAAACCCUUUCCUCAAACUCUUCCUUCCAAACCAAAAAUCUCCGCCGUUGCCGUCGCCAUGUCCCUAAUAGCAGGUUCCUACGAACGUUUCAUUUGGGGCUUCAAACUGAAACCCCUAACUCAUGACCCCCCUUCUCAAUCUCUCACUCUUACCCAAAUCUUCUCUUACCCAUCCCACAUCGCCCCCAUAACCACCGUAGCCGCCGCUGGUCCAGCCGCUGCUUCCGGCUCUUCAGAUGACACCAUCCACAUCUACGACCUCUCAUCCGCCGCUUCCCUCGGUCCUCUUCACCACUUCUCCUCCUCCAUCACUUCCCUCUCUUUCUACUGCCCUCCAAACCUCUCCUUCCCUCGUAAUCUCCUCUCCGCCGCUGCUGAUGGCACCAUAUCCAUCUUUGACACGGAACCCUUUGUUCUUCUCAAGUCCUUUAGGUCCCAUAAAAAGUGUAUCAAUGAUUUGGCUGUUCAUCCUUCUGGGAAGCUUGCUUUGAGUGUUUCUCGUGAUGGGUGUUUGGCUAUGUCGAAUUUGAUGAGAGGAAAAAGGAGCUUUUGUUGUAGGCUGGGAAAAGAAGCGACGAUUGUUAAAUUUGAUGCGAGUGGAGACAGGUUUUUUAUGGCUUCCGAGGAGAAAAUUGGUGUUCAUUUAGCGGAAGAUGCUAGGUUAUUGUUUGAGUUGGAUAAUCAAAAACGAGUUCUUUGUGCUGCUUCUGGAGAGGGUGGAAUUUUAUUUACUGGUGGUGAGAGCCGUAGUAUUACAGCAUGGGACACAAACAGUGGUAAGGUUGCUUAUUGCAUCGAGGAUGCACAUUCUACCCGUCUAAAAGGUAUUGUUGUGCUUACCAAAGAUGGUGGUAGUGAUGAUGAACCAUAUUUAGUGGCAUCUGCAUCAUCUGAUGGGUUUAUUCGUGUUUGGGAUGUUCGGAUGGCUGUCAAGGAGAAGCCAAAUCCAUUGGCCGAGGCUAUUACGAAGUCCAGGCUGACUUGUCUUGCUGGAUCAUCUCUCAAAACUUCUAAACGACCUCGAAUUGGGAAGAGUACUCCUAAAGAAGAGGAUGUGGCAGAAGAAGUAUAAGAAAAUUUGCCAGUGAGCUUGAACUAUGUAGAAGGGGUUUUGAGAGCUCUCUCAUGGUUGUUGAAAAAAAUCCUGUUUUUUGAUUCACAACUGAUAAUUCUGUUCAUAUUGAUUUUGACUGUCGAGUUGUAUCAUUUUAUUUAAAAUUUAUUACUUAAAUUGAGAUUCUCAUAAAA